CAUCAACUUUCAAGGCCCCAUAUACAUCAAAUAACUAUAGUUUCGCAGGACUGUCAUAGUCAGUGGGCGCUGUUCUGAUCGGAAAGUUCUGAUCGUGGCGCUCGUAAGCCGCCAACCAAUCACGAGCGGAGAAAAUCUGAGACCGGAUAUUUUCGAGCAACAUCAGAAAGCUCGCUCUCUCCGUCAGAAGUAAAACUAUAGCCAGCACUCAACAUGGCCAUUAUUGACUCCCAGUCUCCUCGAGUUAAGAGGCGGAGGAUUGAUAAUACUGGAGGCUCAGGUCCAGCAGCUGCGAGUAACAUCACCGAUAUCACGUCGCAUACGCAAAUACGAGAUCUGCUGGUUUUUCAACAGAGCGCCAAUACCGAGACCAAGCAAGGAAUCAAUAAGUUCAAAAAUUUUCUCACUUCGAUCAGCAACUCAGAGAAAGAAAAUGAAAAAGCCAAGAAGCUACGAAUCCUCAAGGCUUAUUGCGACUCGCAAUUUUCCAAAGUUGGAGAUGGCGAUGAUGCGAUUUGCUUCCCAGACAUGAUACAGACCUGGAGCUUUGCAGAGAGUAAUAAUCAUGAAUCCUUACUGACGGUGGUGCCUUCUGUCCUGGCUCUUUUCAUCAAAACAGUCUCCAAUCAGCUUGAGUUCCGUGAUUUUGGCUUGGCACUUUGCAAAUACUUGAUGCAAAAGGAGCAGCUGAGGCUUCUGAAUAGGGGUCUCACAUCUUCAAAGGCCAAGGAACAUCUCAUCUCGCCCUGUAUCCGUCUGCUCACGGAGAUCGUUAGUUUCGAUGGUGGAGCUGUUGCACGACUGGUCUAUUCCAAACGUGAUAUCACGUUCAAGAGAAUCGAGAUCUUCCUCACCCCGAAUAAGGCUCAAAUCGAGGACGUCUCAGACGAGGGCCGUAAAUCGACGCUUAGACGCAACGCUCAGCGUUAUGUUCUGGCCAACCUUCGAUUCCAGCAUGUCUCUGCGAAAAGCGACAUUAUUGAGCAACAUAAAGUCAUCAGAGCGUUUUUGGAAUUUGUUCGGAAAGAUUCUCGUGAUGUUGUCAUCGAUAUUAUUAGGGCCAUCGAGAAAGAUAUUGUCAAUGAUUCUUCUCUUUCCCGAAACUCGAGAAGCAGGUUCUUCAACAAGUGGAACCUAGAGAGGCUUGUGACGCUCUAUGGAUAUGACAGAGAAUCUGAGGAGCCCAAUCCAGAGAAUAUUUCGAUCGCAAACGAGAUUCAUAAGCUUUUGUUGAAGGUUUGCACCACUCCAGAGCUUGGCGUGCUGCUUCCUGAGACCGGCUGGUAUCCCCUUGGAAGCGAUCCUGAAACCAUUGCAACCGAAGAUGAUGGCUCGAUCGAUCUCGGGCUUGACUCUCCUGUGUACGUCGACAAGUACAGAGAGAAUAUUCCGAUCCGUAACGGAACAUUGUCCGCUCUUGUCCAAGUCCUUCGUCCAGAAUCGGAUACACUCCAAAUCGAGCUAUUACUGGCAAUCUUUAGAGCCGCCCCAGAGCUUGUCGCAGAUUUCUUUACCAAGCGAACCAUGUUCACGUCGGACCCGAAACCUACGCCUUCCUGGCUGGGAGAAUCGGCAUUCCUGUUCUCAACCGUGCAACUGCCGGUGCCUGCUAAUUGCGGAUGGAAGGAUAAGGUCCCGGCGAUGCCUCCACCUGUCUCGGUGGUUAUUGAGAACGUUUUGCCGCGACCCUUGACUCAGAAGAUCCUUAGCAGAUGCUUAAAUCAGAAUACCGAGGUCGUCACCCUAUUUGCAGUUCGAAUCCUGACAGUAGCUUUCCGGAAACUCCAAGCUGUCCUCAGAGUUUUCAAUGGAGAUCAUGGCAUUGGUCAACCAUUCUGGAGUCAGGCUUCCUCCAAACUUAUUGCCGAAUUCUGUCGCCGAUGCCCUCCGAUGAAAGAUGCCAUCCUUCUCUUCAAGAGAACGGCUAAGGAGGAUCUUCAGCAGCAGGAUGCUGUUGCAGAACUACUGUCUAUGUUCUACGAAGUUAUUCCCACCGUCGCCUUCGAAGAAAAUUUCGACGUUUCUCUGGUUAUUGUUGAUAUAUUAAAGCAAUUGGAAAAAGACGACAUGGAAGCAGAGGAUCGCGAGCUACUCUUGAGUCAACUGCAGAAUGUUCUGAAUAUUGCUCAGCGAUCAGCAUCGAUGCGUUGGUGGCAACAGCCUGCCUCACUUCAAUAUUCCGCUUUUACGUCCAUCCUUAAGGUUCUGGUUGAAGCGCGCGGGGAAGAAUCUCUUGGGCAGAUUCGCAAACUACUGCAAUCCGUCGUCGUGGAACACUCGGUUCUCCACAACCCCGACCAUGCGUUCCAUGCAUUGAUGUCCUCACUCGAGAACACGAGUGGCGAAUCACUUGCUUCGCAGUUGGCAUUCCUGGAUAACUGCAUCUGUCGUCUGGUGAAGAAGCCAGUGCACUAUCAGGAUCAUCUGGACUCCUUAGUCGAGGAGGAAUCUGCCCCUAUCAGCCUCUUGCUAGCUGCAAUCAAUGAACAAUGGCCGUUUAUAGUAAAAAAUGGCAACGUUGCGCAAGAAGAGGCUGUUGCGACGUGGAUUGCUCGCUUUAUGAAAGCCCUGAAGCAAGCUGGAGAAGACCCGAAAGCACUCCGAAAGGUGGCGGACAGUCUUGCUGCUCAGACCGAACUAAAGAAGAGCAAAUCCGCUAUCAAGAAAGGUUUAAAGUCGGCAGAGGCCUCGGAUGAGCGGGUCGAUGGUGACAACGUGUCUGGCACCAGGAAUACCCAGAGCGCGUCUAAAGCCACCAAAUCCGUGGACCUGGCCGAGGUAUUUGGUAGCCUGCCAACAGAGAGCAAGAGUCAUAACGUACUUCACAAGUGGGAGAGGGAAGAACUGGAGCUUGCGGUGGAGCAGGGCCAGGUCGCAGGGCUGAUGCUCUGUCUGUGUUCUGAACAUGACGAGAUCAGGAGACAAGCUGCCGUUGGUAUAUCUAGGUUGAUGAUGAAGCUCAAGGAUUCCAAGUACGUGGAAUGGCGUCCAGUUUACAUUCUGGCAGGCGAACUCCUUGAGACUAUGCGGAAACAAGGCUUUGAGAAUCCACUCCCCUGGAUCGCAGGAGAGUGCGCUGCUAGUUGCUUGCGAGUCUUGACAGAUCCAUUGCACAAAUUAUAUGGAAAGGUCAACCUGUUCCUUCAGAAGGCCCCCUCCUGGGAGGUGGUAAAGCUUCCAUCCUACUGGAUCGACAAGAUCUUGCUGCAUGAGCCUGAAUACGACGACGGCUACUUCGAGGAGAUAGAUUGGUUGUUAGACCUGUUUGUAAAGGGUCUUCGUACCGAGAAUGACUUGGAAAUCUACCGUCGUGCGAACGUCUUUGAGCGUCUUCUUUCUCUCUACAACUCUCCAACGCUUGCAACAUCCGCGAAAAGAAAAAUACUCCAUGUUAUCUACCGCGCAACGCAAGUCGGUGGCAGCACAACCCUAGUCACCAGGGCGGCUACUAUCAGCUGGAUCCAGAGUCAGAUCGCGGGCUUGGACAACAAUGACCUUACAAUCAAGGCAUUGGCGAACGCUGUCCAUGACACCGCGGACCACGACCGGAUCAACAAAUGGAGCAGCGCUGCACUGCCACAUGUUGUGGAGCAUAUAGCUGGGUAGAUAGACAGGGCAACUUACCGGUAAUAAUACCUAGUUACAUGGCGGAGGGAGAAAUCAAGGUGGCGGUUCUUAUGCAAGGCAGUGUGCGACUACGCCGAGCGAUCCAGCUCGUUAGCGGUUACCUACCAGUACAAUAGGUAACGAUAAUUCAUGGUAUAGUCAUGAUUCUCGAUGUGCAAGGAGCUAGCCCUAGAGUAUAAUGAGUGUAGUUAAGAUCAUCUGUGGUUAGUUGUCGAGUGGAGCACAACAGUGAACUGUUCAAUAAUGAAAGCGUCGG